GAGUGCGGGGCCCCUCCAACCCCAGGAGGCCAGGUCAGUGCGGGGCCCCACCACCACCCCCAGGAGGCCAGAUGCUGCAGUCCGGUGAUUCCUUCGCGGCUCAGACACGGCGUGUGAUAGAAGCCGGUGGCACAUGGUCGGGGUGGACAUCAUGAAUCGCGUGGUCACUUCUGGCAGCUCCAGCUUGCCGCGCAGACGCCUGGUACUGGGGAUUCUUGUCCUCUUACUUGUGGAUGUCAUCUGGGUGGCGUCUUCAGAGCUGACUUCUUACAUAUUUCAGGAGUUCAACAAACCUUUUUUCAGCACUUUUGCAAAGACCUCUAUGUUUGUCUUGUAUUUGCUGGGUUUUCUGGUCUGGCGGCCGUGGAGACAGCAGUGCACCAAACGCUUGCGGGGGAGACGCUCCACUCUGUUUGCAGAUGCUGAAGGUUAUUUCCCAGCGUGCACAGCAGACAGCAGUGUGAACCACACCCUGAGUGAACCUCUCUACGUCCCUGUCAAGUUCCAUGACCUUCAGAAUGAAAAGAUCCUGAUAUCCAAACCUCAGAGCAAUGAGAAAUCCACAAAGAAGCCACGUGUCCGGUUCAGUAACCUAAUGGAGGUGCGGCAGCUCCCAUCAAGUCAAGCUCUAGAAGCCAAACUAUCCCGCAUGUCGCACCCACCGGUCCGAGACAGCGAGCCGGGGGCGAGGACUAGCGGCAAAUUCACCAUCUGCCAAGUAGCCAAGAUCAGUUUCUUCUUCUGUUUUGUGUGGUUCUUGGCCAAUUAUUCCUAUCAGGAGGCGCUGUCUGACACGCAGGUGGCCAUUGUGAACAUCAUCUCCUCCACGUCAGGUCUUUUCACGCUGAUCCUGGCGUCCAUCUUUCCCAGUAACAGCGGCGACCGCUUCACCCUCUCCAAAUUACUGGCUGUUGUUUUGAGUAUUGGCGGUGUGGCGCUUGUCAGCUUAUCCGGAUCUGAAAACUCAAGAGUUAAGGAUACGAUAGGUACUCUGUGGUCACUGCUCGGUGCCAUGCUGUACGCCGUUUACAUUGUCAUGAUAAAGAGGAAAGUGGAUCGGGAGGAGAAGCUGGACAUCCCCAUGUUUUUUGGCUUCGUCGGCCUCUUUAACCUCCUCCUCCUGUGGCCGGGCUUCUUUCUUCUACACUACACACAGUUUGAAGCUUUUGAGUUUCCCAAUAAACUAGUUUGGAUGUAUCUGGUGAUCAACGGCCUCGUCGGCACCGUGCUCUCCGAAUUCCUAUGGCUGUGGGGCUGCUUCCUGACCUCCUCUCUGGUUGGCACCCUGGCCCUCAGCCUCACCAUCCCGCUCUCCAUCAUUGCGGACAUUUGCAUGCAGAAGGUGACCUUUUCCUGGGUGUUCUUUGCUGGCGCCCUCCCGGUUUUCAUCUCCUUCUUCAUCGUGACUCUCUUGUGUCAUUACAAUAACUGGGAUCCAGUGAUGGUCGCCAUACGAAGGAUCUUUGCUUUUAUAUGCAGGAAGCAUCGGAUGGCGAGGACAUCGGAGGACAACGAGCUGAGUGAGAGCCUUAUCCCCCUGCAUAGUGUCUGCCCAGAUGAUGGCUCCACUGGCUGUUCCUAGCCCAGAGCACUCUGCGGGACGUGUCUGACAAUCAUGAGGGCCGGCGGGGGCCGCUCUUCUGCCUCUCACCGUGUCUCUCGCCUGCGUUGCCCCUGCUGCUGUGGGGGGAUUCCUGAAGAUACCCCGGGGCACUGGCCGGCUGGAGCCUUCUCUGCAGCGUCUGCAUCAAGGACGUUUGUUCCUCUCAUUUGGUUUUGUCUGGGUUGUGUCUUAUGAGAUUUUGGGAAGUAAAGGGGCCUUAAAGGGGGGGGUGGGAGAGGAAAGAACAGACGUUGUCAUCCUGAGUACCCCUUCCCUCUACCCAUCAUCCUCAGACCACAAAAGUCUGCAGAGUAUGGGUGACCUGGACAAAACUGGAGGGGUUAAAGGAGUUUUCCCCAGAGACGACCCCAUCCUGUGAGUCCUGUAGACUGUGGGGGUUCAGCAGUCACACCUCUCGACAUCAGACGCUUAUAGGUGGUAAGUGUUGUUUCUGAGAACCCUGAUCCUCAUCAUCAUCAAGGUUCUCCCUGAAAUAACACUUACCUCCUAUAAGCUGAAUGCUCCAAGGUGUCUGUGCCGUGACCGCGGACUUCGUCUUAUUCGGGGAGGGGUUCCUAAUGCGUCUGCGGUGUGGAGAGGUCAGUGCUACACGUCCGUAUCUGCGGGGUGCGUUCUGAUUGCUAUUUUCCCGUAGACCUCAGUGGUGAACCAAAUGAUGGGUUUUCCUCUGAGUUCUAUGACAAUGUUGUGGGGGCUGCAGCAGUCAUGUGACAUUAUUAGCCCAGGUUUACACUUGCAGUGGUCAGGACGUGAUCAUCAUAUGUAAAUGUAUCCCCGUCAUUACGUGUGUAAACUGUGAUUGAUUGAGAAAGGGGGGGGGGGGGGGGCUUAAUUAUGGUGUAAUAAGAAAAUACUUGAAUAAAAAGCAAUGACUUUAAGAAUAGGGGUGGACAGCGGACAUCAGAUUUAAGGUGGACUAAAGCCUGUAGACCCAUAUAUAGGGGUGGACAAUGACCUGCAGAUAUACAUAUCGGGGUUAACUGGGUCCAUCAGCUGCUGGAUAGACCUGUAGGAGGAGACUGCAACGAGUGUAGGGGUUGGCAGCAGGUUCAUGGGUAGGGGUUGUCAGCGGGCAGCAGGUUCAUGGGUAGGGGUUGUCGGCGGGCAGCAGGUUCAUGGGUUGGGGUUGUUGGUGUGUACAUGGGUAGGGGUUGUCGGCGGGCAGUAGGUUCAUUGGUAGGGGUUGUCGAUGGGCAGCAGGUUCAUGGGUAGGGGUUGUCGGCGGGCAGCAGGUUCAUGGGUUGGGGUUGUCGGUGGGUACAUGGGUAGGAGUUGUCGGCGGGCAGCAGGUUCAUGGGUAGGGGUUGACGGUGGGCAGUGGAUACAUGGGUAGGGGUUGUUGGCGGGCAGCAGAUGGACACUACUUGUAGCUGCAGCUUUCAGCUUUCACAUUUCCCCCAUAGACCAGUGUUUCCCAACCAGGGUGCCUCCAGCUGUUUCACAACUACAACUCCCAGCAUGCCCGGACAGCCUUUGGCUGUCCGGGCAUGCUGGGAGUUGUAGUUGUGAAACAGCUGGAGGCACCCUGGUUGGGAAACCCUGCCAUAGACAAUGCAGGCAGCCGGCCACUCACGUUCACAGGGUUUGGCCCGGCGUCACCUCUCUGCCUGCACCGUGUUGUUCCAGCGAGAAGAUUUUUAAUUUGCACUAAAUAAUCUUCAUGUUGAUGGAUUUCAUUGCGUAUAAAGCAGCUGAGGCAGCAAAUAAAGAGAAAUGGUGAGAUCCAAAGCCGCGCUAAUAAGAAGCAGGAAAUAAUGGCAUUGUUACCCCCAGAGAAUAGCGGCUCCACGCUGGACUCUACGGGGGGAGCUCUGCCGACUGUAUUACUGGAAUCUCUGUAUGACUCCCAUGUUCCCUUCACACUACAGGCGGUGCCCCUUUACUUCCUGCGGGGGGCGCACACAGGUCGCCUUUUAAUCUCAGGUUGAUUUUCUUUGUGAUGAUUUAUUUUUCAUAAAAUGUUGAUCGUCAAAAUAAAUAUUAUUCAGUUUUGUGAAUAAAAAAAAUAUAUA